AUGUCUCACUCGCCGGAGCCCGCUACUGGUACCAAGCGAGCAGCGACCGAUGACGAGGACUACGCACCUUCGGCGAAGAAGCCCAAAGCGGCCAAGUCCAACGGCACCGCCUCGGCAUCAUCCACGGCUAAGCGGAAGGCCAAAGUUGCGCCUUCUAUUGGUUUCUGUAGUGUGAACAAGAAGGAGUUUGGAGACAGGAUAAAGGACGGCUUAUGGUGA